GGUGGGGUUGCUCCCCAUGAAGCGACGGAGGAUGAACAAGCUGUACAUAGGGAACCUCAGUCCCGCCGCUACCGCCGACGACCUCAAGCAGCUUUUUGGGGAGAGGAAGCUGCCCCUGGCCGGCCAGGUCCUGCUCAAGUCGGGUUACGCCUUCGUAGAUUAUCCGGACCAAAACUGGGCCAUCCGGGCUAUCGAGACCCUCUCGGGGAAAGUGGAGCUGCACGGCAAAGUGAUGGAAGUGGACUAUUCCGUGCCCAAAAAGCUCAGGAGCAGGAAGAUCCAGAUCCGAAACAUUCCCCCCCACCUGCAGUGGGAGGUGCUGGAUGGCCUAUUAGCUCAGUAUGGGAUGGUGGAGAAUGUAGAGCAAGUCAACACAGACACAGAAACAGCUGUUGUUAAUGUAACUUAUGCAACUAAAGAGGAAGCAAAAGUAGCAAUUGAGAAGCUGAGCGACCACCAGUUUGAGAACUAUUCCUUCAAGCUUUCCUACAUCCCGGACGAAGAGGUGAGCUCCCCUCCACCCCCACAGCGAUCCCGCCGCGGGGGCCACUCUUCCAGGGAGCGGGGCUCCUCCCCAGGGGGCUCCUCACAGCCCAAACAGCUCGAGUUCCCACUGCGGAUGCUGGUGCCCACGCAGUUUGUUGGUGCGAUCAUAGGAAAGGAGGGCUUGACCAUAAAGAAUCUUACUAAGCAAACCCAGUCCAAGGUUGACAUCCACCGGAAGGAGAACGCCGGUGCUGCUGAGAAGCCGAUCACCAUCCAUGCCACACCGGAGGGCUGCUCAGAAGCAUGUCGCAUGAUCCUUGAGAUCAUGCAGAAGGAGGCUGAUGAGACUAAAUUAGCAGAAGAGAUUCCCUUGAAAAUCUUAGCACACAACAGUCUGGUGGGGAGGUUGAUCGGCAAGGAGGGCCGCAACCUCAAGAAGAUCGAGCAGGACACGGGUACAAAGAUCACCAUCUCCCCUUUGCAGGAUUUAACCAUUUAUAACCCCGAGCGGACCAUCACGGUGAAGGGCAGCACAGAGGCAUGCUGCAGUGCUGAAGUGGAGAUCAUGAAGAAGUUGCGAGAGGCCUACGAGAGUGAUGUGGUGGCCAUUAAUCAACAAGCCAACCUGAUCCCAGGACUGAACCUCAGUGCUUUGGGCAUCUUCUCAUCGGGGCUGUCUGUGUUCCCAUCCACCCCAGGAGCCCGAGGGUCUGCAACAGCCACCCCAUAUCACCCGUUUGCAAGCUCUUCGGCAUACCUCUCAGGUCGGUAUGGAGCCCCUCCAGCUGGCACCUUCCCCCAUCAGCACUCUCUGCCAGAGCAGGAAGUUGUGAACUUGUUCAUCCCGACGCAGGCAGUGGGGGCCAUCAUUGGGAAGAAGGGGCAGCACAUCAAGCAGCUGGCACGGUUUGCUGGUGCCUCCAUCAAGAUCGCCCCGGCAGAAGGUCCUGAUGCCAGUGAGCGGAUGGUCAUAAUCACAGGGCCACCCGAGGCUCAGUUCAAGGCCCAGGGCCGAAUAUUUGGGAAGCUGAAAGAGGAAAAUUUCUUUAACCCAAAAGAAGAAGUGAAGCUUGAAGCCCACAUCAAGGUGCCUUCCUUUGCUGCUGGCCGUGUGAUAGGCAAAGGUGGUAAGACGGUGAAUGAGCUGCAAAACUUAACUAGUGCAGAAGUCAUUGUGCCACGAGACCAAACCCCAGAUGAGAACGAGGAGGUCAUUGUUAAAAUAAUUGGGCAUUUCUUUGCCAGUCAGACUGCACAGCGGAAGAUCAGGGAAAUCGUACAGCAGGUGAAGCAGCAAGAGCAAAAACACACUCAGGGAGCCCCAGCCUCGCAGCACAGCAAGUGAGGCUCCCCCUGCUGGCCAGCACCGCCCGAUGAAUGUAACCACACCACCACCGGACCGCCCCCAGCAGGUCAGAGGAGCAAACCAAAGACCUCCCCGAGCCUCUUUCCCACUGCCAGGGCGCUGCGAGGAUCUGCAGUGGAGGGGUGCGGGGAGGCCUCUCUCCAUCCCACAGCCUCCCCCUUAACUCCUGUCACUUCCUGACGCAAUCCCUUUAGUUGGACUAACAUAGGCCGAGAAAGUUGUGUAUUUUAAUUUCCCAAGAGCCACCUGUUCUCAGCCAGGCAUGGCUGGAAGAACUCUGUCCCCAGCACGGGGUCAGGGGGGGCUGCAGCCACAGGGCUUGAUGCACAUCGGUUUUUAGAAUGCAUAUAUCAGUAACAAAACUAACACCAGGGGUUGAGGGUUGGAAGAAGUCUUUUUAAUGCUUUUUUUGUUCUUAAUUUUAUUUUAAAGUGGUCUGGGGAGAAGGCUUUUUAUUUUUUAGCAAAAGAGCAAAAGCAGGCUUUUCUAGAGUUCAAAGGAAAGGAGCUAGUCCAUGGGUUCUCUAAUGCACAGUAGAGCAGAGAUGUAGGAUUGCCAGCAAGAAAAGAAAUACGAGCGUUACAAAGCAAUUCCUCAAAGGCUUUGAGAAGAGCAGUGCCUGUAUGAGCCAACAGAAGGGAUACCGUCUCCUGAAAGAGGAAUCUCUCUCACAUGCCCUUUCCUCUUUGCUUCACAGAAUCUAAAACUGGGGUUUGCAUCUGUUCUGUCCCCCCUUUCUGUCUGUCCCCUCUUUCUCUGCGUCACUGCCCCA